GCUUUACAUGCUCGAUGCGCGUAUGGCGUAUAAUAUGCACGUUUAUUAUAUUUCAGAUCAUCAAUGGAAAAUGAUUCUUUUACUACCUAUACACGACACGAAUAAUAAUAGUAUAAACCUUGUCUUCAAAGCCUCGCAUUGUUCUCAUAAGAGUUCGAGCUCCACAGUUGCUACAAGAAUUGGAAUGCGGGAUCAACAUGGAGGUGGCGAAUAAAUUGAUAUUGCUUGGCGAUGUCACACAUGGUCAUUAACUCUCCCGUCCAACAUUUCGUUAACGGAGCAUGGAAUGGACGGAUCAUGUCCACUCCUCUUUCCCAGCUUCAGAGAGCAGAGCGCCGCUGAGAAGGGAAAGGGCUACACAUCACAGAAAAUCAGCGUAUAUCGGCCAAUUGCGGAUGCCAUCGAUUUGGGUUACCACACCCUCGACAAUAAUGCCUGCCGCACUACGUCAUCAUCAUCCUCGUCGACUCCUGGUGCAUCUAGCACACCAAUUUGCCAACAACAGCAACAGCAGCAGCAACAGCAGCUACAGCAACCUAAACAUCAUCUGAUUCAUCACACAGCGAUCAGUAAUCUCUGCCAGCUCGACGACAGUUUACUCCUGAAAAUCUUCAGUUGGCUGGGUACUCGUGAUCGCUGCAAUCUCGCGCAAACUUGUCGACGUCUAUGGGAGAUCGCGUGGCACCCAGUGCUUUGGCGGGAAGUUGAGGUACGUUAUCCGCAAAAUGCCAGUGCGGCUUUGAACGCACUGACGCGUCGCGGCUGCCACACAUGCAUCCGUCGUCUCAUUCUGGAAGGUGCCACCGGAUUGCCUAGCAUCUUCGCACAACUGCCGUAUCUUAAUCUGACUUCUCUGGUACUGCGACAUUCGCGUCGCGUCACUGACGCCAACGUUGCCACCGUGUUGGACAGCUGCACUCAUCUCAAAGAGCUUGAUUUGACAGGUUGUUCCAAUGUCACUCGAGCCUGUGGUCGUACUACCACCUUGCAGCUACAGUCCCUUGAUUUAAGUGACUGCCACAGCGUGGAAGAUUCUGGCCUGAUACUGAGUCUGUCACGCAUGCCACAUCUGGUAUGUCUUUAUCUGCGUAGGUGCGCUCACAUUACCGAUUCCAGCCUGGUUGCUAUUGCGUCUUAUUGCGCUAGUUUGCGUCAGCUGUCCGUAUCAGACUGCACGAAAGUGACGGAUUUUGGAGUACGCGAAUUGGCGGCACAUCUCGGUUCGUCGCUCCGCUAUUUUUCCGUAGGCAAAUGUGAUCGCGUGUCAGAUGCCGGUUUGCUGGUUGUCGCUCGUCACUGCUACAAGUUGCGUUAUCUGAAUGCUCGCGGUUGCGAGGCACUCAGCGACAGUGCAACCGUCGCCCUGGCGCGCGGUUGUCCACGUAUGCGUGCUCUAGAUAUCGGCAAAUGCGAUAUCGGCGAUGCGACUCUCGAAGCACUCUCAACGGGAUGCCCGAAUCUGAAAAAAUUGUCCUUGUGCGGAUGCGAGAGAGUUACCGAUACCGGUCUCGAAGCGUUAGCUUAUUACGUACGAGGUUUGCGACAACUCAAUAUCGGCGAGUGCUCGAGAGUCACAUGGGUCGGUUAUCGCGCUGUUAAACGUUACUGCCGACGUUGCAUUAUAGAACAUACUAAUCCUGGAUUCUCCAGCUGAUCUAACCCGGCCUACCGCAUCGUUUACGUCGAACAUCUUAAGCAGUGAUGUGAGGAAAUAUUUUCAAGAAAAUAUACAAUAAUCGAUAAUAAAAAAUAAAUAUAAGAUUAAACAAGGCUCCGAUGAUUUAAAUAAUAAAUUAAAUAAUAAUUUAUAUAAAAAAGUGAAGUUACCUUAAAAGGUAAAAAAAGAAGAGCCAACAGCUAGAUAUUGGUACCAAAAUUAUAUAUUUCAAUAAUAUUUCAAAAAAAUAUUUUGAAAAUACAUGAAUAACAUUGAGAAAAUAUUUAAUUAUCUCACAUCAUUAGUCUCAAGUGCCAGAGUGUAAUAUAGGGAAAUUUAUAGAGAAUUGUAAACCUAAUUUUGUUUAUUCAAGUUUAAUGACGAUAAAUAUUAUGCCUUUUGAUACAACGUUGAUAAGAAAAUGAUGUACAAUAAAUUGUCAAUUUAAGAUCAAUAACUUGUAUCGUUUUCAAUCUAUUUAUUAUUAAGCAUUUUAUUUCGCUCAUAAAGAUAUGAUCUGUAAAAAGAUAUAAUCUGUAAAAAGAUUAUUUGUUUCACGAUUGGUUGUAAAAAUAUAUACAUAUAUCUUGUUUCAAAAGUCGUGCAUGCUAUUUAUUGUUUUCGU